GCUUGGCGAGAAAACAUUGCGGGUCGAUGCUCUCAAUUUCGGAUUUUCGUCUUGCCCUAUUCCCCCCACUCCCCCUCGUUUUUAACAGGAGCGGGGAGUGGGCUUGAAGAGCCAACAAAUCCUUUCCUUCACACGACAUACUCCCUCCCAGCAGCCUGUUAACCUACCUUCUUCCAAAUACCACCUCCUCCCUCCGCCUAACCCUUUCUCUCCCUGGUGGACAAGAUAAUCUUUGCACUCCUCGCCCCUCUUGGGAUCCAAGGACCCCACUUGCUACGGGCAAGCCCUUUCCCUCUCUUGCCAGGUUGCCCAUCAGUCUUAGCCCAUGUCUGAAAGAGGCUGGGGACUCAGAAACUUGGUUGGGCUCCUUCAAGCCGUCUGGAGUAAGGGCGAGGGUUGCUGCUCUGGGAAUCAGGUGCGAAGGUCAGGAAGGAAGAGGCCAGCCUGAUGAUUGGCUCUUGCUGCCGCCUCUGUGCCCCGCAGUCUCCGGUAAGGGUGGGGGCUGGAGUGUGUAUUGCCCCUGAAGAGCGCCUUGUGGAUCUAGGAGAACAGGGGCAAGGAGGUCGGCAGAGAGAAGUGGGGGAAAGAAACAUCAUCCAGGUCCCUGGGUGCUUCUGGAAGCAGAAAAACAACUUGUUUCUAAAGCAGCCGGACAGGUUUGCACUGGAGGGAUUGUGCGUGCUCUCCGUGUGUUUAUAAAUACCAGAAAGGUACUGGCGGGGCACCUGCCCUCUGCAGCAGCUCCCCGCAGCCACUGGGUCUUGUGAGAGAGCUGGGUUGACACGCAAGGUCCACAGCAGCCUGAAUCCCACCUCGGUCAGGAUCUGUGGAAUCUCUAGCCAAGCUGGCUGCAGAACCAGUUGCUCUGUAAGACUGUGGCCUUGGCCUCCAGAAGCCAGCCUGACAGGGACUAGGGUGGACUUCCAGGGAGGGGUGGACUGUGCCGGAAAAUAUAAUGGCAACGUGGCUCUCUUCUGGAGCUGAAGAAGGGACAGCUUAUUCCAAGGCGAUUCCCCACAUCUGAAAUUCCGGGUAGAUAUGCCUGGCUCAGGCAGUGCCUUCAUCCCUACCAUCAACGCCAUCACAACCAGCCAGGACCUGCAGUGGAUGGUGCAGCCCACAGUGAUCACCUCCAUGUCCAACCCGUACCCCCGCUCGCACCCCUACAGCCCCCUGCCGGGCCUGGCCUCUGUCCCUGGGCACCUGGCCCUCCCGAGACCCGGCGUGAUCAAGACUAUUGGCACCACCGUGGGCCGCAGGAGGAGAGAUGAGCAGCUGUCUCCCGAGGAGGAGGAGAAGCGCCGAAUCCGGAGGGAGAGGAACAAGCUGGCUGCAGCCAAGUGCCGGAACCGGCGCCGGGAGCUGACUGAGAAGCUGCAGGCGGAGACGGAAGAGCUGGAGGAGGAGAAGUCAGGCCUGCAGAAAGAGAUCGCCGAGCUGCAGAAGGAGAAGGAGAAGCUGGAGUUCAUGUUGGUAGCCCACGGCCCUGUGUGCAAGAUCAGCCCCGAGGAGCGCCGAUCGCCCCCAGCCCCCGGGCUGCAGCCCAUGCGCAGUGGGGGCAGUGCCGUGGGUGCCGUGGUGGUGAAACAGGAGCCCCUGGAAGAGGACAGCCCCUCAUCCUCAUCAGCAGGGCUGGACAAGGCCCAGCGCUCUGUCAUCAAGCCCAUUAGCAUUGCUGGGGGCUUCUAUGGAGAGGAGCCCCUGCACACCCCCAUCGUGGUGACCUCCACACCUGCCAUCACUCCGGGUACCUCGAACCUCGUCUUCACCUACCCCAGCGUCCUGGAGCAGGAGUCACCUGCAUCACCCUCUGAGUCCUGCUCCAAGGCUCACCGCAGAAGCAGUAGCAGUGGGGACCAGUCAUCAGACUCCUUGAACUCCCCCACUCUGCUGGCCCUGUAACCCAGCACACCUCUGCUUCCCAGCUCCGGAGGGGGUCCUCGUCACCACCUCCUUCCCAGGGACCAGCACCUUCGAGCACUCCAGGGCUGUGAGGACAAGAGGACCCAGCCAGGAGCCCCUAGUCUCUGAGGGACCCAGGUGGGACUUGGCGGUGAGGCCUUGGAUGACUUGGGUUGAUCUCUUGGAAGCCAUGGGACCUUCCCUCUCAUGUAUCUUGCAAGCAAAUCCUAUUUCUUGAAAAGCCUUGGAGAACUUGGUUUGGUGGCCUUGACAUCUUUCUGGCUUCUGAAGAGCCUGAAGCUGGCCUGGACAGUUCUUGUCCCUUCAUUGCGAUAUUCUUUGGAGUGAUGGUGUCCUUCCCUGCCCUUCCAAGCAUGCUCAGUGCCUUUGGGUCUCACCUUCCUUCGACUUGUCCCUUCCCUUCCCCAGUGUCAAUUUCUCUCCCUCUUGGUUUUUAUCAAAUUUGCCAUGACAUUUCAUCCGGGUGGUCUGCAUAUUAAAGUUCUUCGUUUCUGGAGAUGGGGCAGCAGGUGACUCUUCUGCUGGGGCCGACUUGUCCAGAAGGGGACAGUCUAAGUGCAAUACAGAACCUUCCCUGAUACUCCCUGUGCACCAGCAUCUCCAGAACCCCCGGCAGGGCUCCCCGAGCACCCAGGAGCUGCACCCAUGCUGGCAGCUCAGAGGACCUUUCCUUGCCACCCUCGGAGAUGGCUACUAGAGGAGCCGUUCGGCCAGAAGACAGGGUGUGAGUGAGACAGCCAGGCACAGGUUAGGUUUGCCAAACGCUUAAUUACCAGGCCAGGAAUAGUGCCAACAAAGCCACAUGGGUGUUCUAGCCAGCUUCCCUUCACCCGGUGUCUUGAGCAGGGCGUCUCCUGUAAUUACUGCCUCGCCAUUCUGCCCCUGGACCCUUCUCUGCAGGCCUGGGAGGCGUCCCUCCCUAGGAACCACACAGAACUCCAAGUCCCUGUUGGGCUCCACCCUUUCCCCCUGGCUCUCAGGGGGACGCCACCCACGGAGAUUUAAUGAGCGUGGGCCUGGACCCUCCUCAGAUUGCUGCCAGGUGGCCCCUCCUCAAGCCUCAAAGGAGCAUUUGCAUGAAUGGAAAAGCAGGGGGAGGGCAGAAGAAGACAGGUCUUGGAGCUGCUGCAGAGCCCAGCUCUCCCUUCCCAGGCUGCUGGCCUUGCAGUGAGGUGCUGGACCUUUCCCGCCCUCUGGGGUCACCUUCCACCUGAUGGAUGAGUGCUUGCUCUUUCACACUCCCCCUGCCCACACCCCAGUCAGCACGCCAUGAACUGCUGCCCGAGCUGUUGCUGAGUCUUAUGGCUUCUGCACCAGUCAUGGUCAUCCAUGGUUGCCUGUAGAGCGUUCCGGCAGCUGCAACCGGAGAUAGGACGGGUGGCUUCCCACUGCAGAGAGCUGCCCCCUUCCCACAGGGUGGGUGGGGGUGGGGAAAGGGUUCUCCUGGCCUCCAGCAACAGCACGACUCAGUGGAGUCCCUGCCUCCCUCUCACCACAGCCUUUCAGCCCAGGGCAUAGCUCGCCCUGGGCUUGCUGCCAAGCAGGGUCUUGACAUAUGUCCUGGGAGCAGCUUUUGGUUCAAACUGGCCCGUCCUGGAGUAGUGCUCUGAGGAGACCGCAGUUCCUGCAGCUCUAGGGAUCACUGUGUGCUGACUGAAAAUGAGAUCGAUGUUAUUGAAGUCACACUCGGAGGGGGUUAAACUGCAAAGUUUGAGUGGAGAGAGGCUGUGACACAUUCACACACCUAGGCUGUGCGUGCUGCUUGCUAUUUAACAUCCAUCACCCACUUUCGUGUGCUAGGUGUGCAAGAUGGGUCGACCGUAUGCUUAAAACACACAGCCCAGUGGGGCUGGAAGUGACGUGGGCAAGGAAAGGCCACGCAGAGAGAGGAGAUACAAAGAAAAAGGAUUUUGUUCAAAAUACUUUUAAGAUGUUAUUUCCCGCAUUCCUUGGCCGUGAUGUUGCCUUCCCAGUUUCCCAGGGGGCUCUGGGAGGGACGCUCCUAAGAAGAUUGGGCAAUUGGAUUUCUGUUUCGCAUUAAUCAAAGGAACAGAAUUAGCCAGGAUUAGCGGGAGAUGGACAAAUAAAAAAAAAAAAUGAGGUGCGCUCAGCUCUGACAACCUUAAUCAUCUCAAGUGGUAUUUGCAGCCAAAUGGGAGCUCUUUUCUUCUUCGUGCAUAUAGAUAUUUCUUAAAUGAAACGACUUUCUGUUCUUUGAUUUCCUAAAGCCGUCUUACACCCCACUUUUGCAAUAUGGAUCCCAACACAGGUCAUGGUCUGUGAGUUGGGGCCAGGCUGGACAUUCCUGAGACAGAAUUUUGGCUUCUGUUCAGAUUUCAAGUUGUGUUGGGGUUGGGGCCAGCAGAAGGCAAGAACUCAGUCAACCCGGAGGAUUAUAAGAGCCUCUGAGCUGCAGUCUCUUUCAAGACUCCCUGGUUUAGUCCUAGGAGGUUGUAUUUACACCUAAGUCAUGAGCAUGCCCUCAGUUUACUUCCUUCUGGCCUGCUCUCCAAGUUCAUUCACUUAGGCUUUCGCUUCAGAAUCACCAGACACUCGCCUGCUGCUUCCUCCUGCAUGGCUUCAGCUACAGGAGUGGCUGCCUUUGUGCUAGGUCAGAAACUGCUGUGCUUCCCCGUGGCCCUGGCUGUGAGGCAGCUGGUGGGCCCUGGUUAGGCUGCAGGUAGCUCUGGGAUGGCAUAGGGCAGCCACUCCUUGAUGGGCCGAUAUGAAACACAUAGUUUUGGUCAGUUAACUGGACUCUCUGGGGAUAGUCUUCUUCCUGGCCAGGUGGAUGGGAAAGAGGAAGAUCCCAAGUGAAGCUUCGAAAAUUGUUAGAACACCUCUAAGUGGAAGGUUCACUGGGGAGAUUUUUUGGAGAGUCAAACAUUGUUCUGUCUGGGCAUGAGAGGCGGGAUAUCCUCCGUGGCCAGACACACAUGCCUCCCAAAGCCAACAGCCAUAGGGGUUGCUGCUGCUUUUCUCAGGCUCUUUCCCCUGACUCUAAGCGUGAGGUGAACCGUCUGGAGCACUGGAACUUUUUCUCUCUUCUGCCUGACAUGCCAAUAGAGCUCCUUGCUGUCUUGCCAUUUAACUUCUAGGCUGACUUCCUUCCCCAAUCAGACAUCUGCGUGGCCCCUUUAGGGAGGAAAAGAAUAAGCACCUACUAUGUGCCAGGCACUGUGUUAGGCACUUUUAUAUCCAUCCUUUUCAGGAUGAGCCUAAGGGAUGAAAACAUCCCCUUCUAAAAGGCCCCCCCAGUAAUGGAUGAACCCAAACAGUUGGAAGUGAGGACUUUGUUUGAUGAUCCAAGGUAGGAUUGCCUUUGGUCUGAUGUUUGUUCUCAGAGACCCUCCUCCACAACAGCCUUGCACCUCCAAACUUCUGCCCCACCAUGUGCUCCUUUGCACUCCUUAGAAGGCUGGAGGGGGAACCUAAGUCCUCAUAGAAUUUGUGGACCAAUAGAAUAUAUGGUGUGUAUCACUUUUAUAAAAAAAUGUAAGGGGUCUUGCUGUGUUCUGCUUAUUGAGUCUUCUUGGCAUUCAUCUCACUAUUUAUUGACAGGUUGGUGUGUGUGUGUGUGUGUGUGUGUGUGUGUGUGUGUGUACAUUUCCAGGUGUCCCCAUGUCCUCCUGCAGCUUUUUAAAAGGAAACCCAGUCAUCCCACUAAUUUCUCAUCUUCUUAUGCUUCUAGUGUUUUGGCCCUACUCCACAAGGGGUUUUAAUUUCCUGAUGCUGACAACAUGUUCAGGAGGGGCUGGGUCAGAUUUUGAGGUGGGGUAUCAGAAGGAGAAGGGGAAAAGAAAUUGACAUUUAUUUUAUUAUUUAUUUUAAAUGUUUACAUCUUUGUUGUGUUGUACCAAGCCUGAAUAGAAACAGAUAGCAUUAAAAUACUCAAUUCUUCUCUCUCAUUUCCUUUAUUUUUUUUUUGUUUAAAUUUAGGAUAAUAAUGCUUUUUUGUUUGUUUCCAAAGUGAUUUGUGACUUGUGCUGUAUAAACUGUAUAAAACAAUUCUGUUUUUAAAGAUGGACUGUCAUUCCUCUGGGGACAAUGGUCACCAAAAGAAAUCUACAUUGUAAGAGAACACAAUGAAAGAUCCUGCCCUGUUCUCAAAAAUUAUUUUCUCUGUAUGAUUAAAAGUUUAUUCCAUUUAUUUUAGUUUGUGGUUACUUGAUUUUGAGAAAGAAAAUAUUCAACUUGUAUAAAGAAUAGGUAUCAGGGUGUCUUUUCUGCCGUGGGAGAUGUGUAUAUAGAUAGCAUUUUGGUAUAUAGUGGAAAACCUUGAGCUUUGUGCAUCUGUAUUUGAAAUAUGUCAAUGACGUGGAGUAAAGUCUGCUAUAAGACCCUGGAGGCAAACAAG